GAUGAGGAUACUGUACCAGAGCACAGCAGCACUUGUUGCUCUGAAGAACUACCGUAACAGUGRCUGCUCCUCUGCUGCCUGCUUUUUCUUAAUUAUUAUUAAUUUAAUAACCUGCAAACUUGUUUACUCUGCUGCUUUCGAGCUUUAUCAUUACAAAUGAUGUUUUAAGAGCUUUGUGAGAGUGAUUCAGAAGGGAAACUCACACGCYGUGCAGUUGAAACCUCCUUUUGCCACUUAAUAGCAAGAGAUCAGCUGGUAGCUUUGGGGGUGAAAAAUGACAGACUCUGUUGCUGCUAAUGGGGAUGGAAAGGACCCUGAAAUUGAGCUCUUUGUGAAGGCUGGUAUAGAUGGAGAAAGCAUUGGGAACUGCCCAUUCUCCCAGCGUCUCUUCAUGAUCCUGUGGCUCAAAGGAGUUGUGUUCAACGUCACCACUGUUGAUCUGAAAAGAAAGCCAGCUGACCUGCACAAUCUGGCUCCUGGGACCCACCCACCUUUCCUGACAUUUAAUGGAGAAGUCAAGACAGAUGUUAACAAGAUUGAGGAAUUUUUGGAAGAGAUUCUUGCACCUCCAAAGUACCCCAAGCUGGCUGCGAAGCACCGCGAAUCAAACACUGCUGGAAUCGAUAUCUUUUCCAAAUUUUCUGCAUACAUCAAAAACACCAAGCAGCAGGAUAAUGCUGCUCUUGAAAGGGGCUUGGUGAAGGCUCUGAAGAAGCUGGAUGACUACCUGAGAACUCCCCUGCCAGAGGAGAUCGAUGCAAACAGCACUGAAGAGGAUAAAGURUCUAAACGCAAGUUUCUGGAUGGGGAUGACCUGACACUUGCUGACUGCAACCUUCUGCCCAAACUCCAUGUUGUCAAGAUUGUUGCAAAGAAAUACCGCAACUUYGAGUUCCCGGCGGAGAUGACGGGGCUGUGGCGGUACCUGAAGAACGCCUACGCCAGGGAUGAGUUCACCAACACCUGUGCAGCAGACAAAGAAAUCGAGCAAGCCUAYGCAGACGUGGCCAAGAGGCUCAGCAAGUCCUAACUGCCCCCAGCYGUGGCUCAGUAUCCCCUUUUACAGACUCUUCUCCUUGUUGCCUUAAGAUGUACUUUAUCCUUAUGCUGUCUGGUUGGCAUCGCUAUGACUUCACCUGUUCCAAGUGGGCAGGGACAAAUCUGCCUCUCCCUUGAGAAAAGAGAAGGCAGCUCUAUUGGGGGUGGGGGGUGGUGGAGACCUUUUGAAGUCWAACCCAAAAUCUGGCUGAACUAGUAUUAUUUGCAAUCAGUAUUGGAAAUGAAUCCACAUGACUAGUUUCUUGUUCUGUGUUCAGGAUACAUUCAUGACCUGUAUUCUUUAGASUUUUAAAAAUAGCUGAAAUUUCAGGUAAGAGAGUUAGAAACACAUAGGACUGGUUCUUCUCUAGGUUAUUUCAAGGACRCUUUUUCCCCCAGUUCUAUUAAGAUCCUUGAGGCAUGAACAAAAUAUAAGAGAGAGAGAGGAGAAAAAUAGGAGUUUGACCCUAAAGCAGAAAUGCUCUUAGCAGUUAUAUUUAAAUAAACUCUGUGAAUGCAUCUUCUGUCUUAGCAGGCCCAGGAGUUUAUAGGGUAUUUAUUUUUAACUUGGCGCAAGAGGGGGAAGCCUGAGCGAAUAUGUCAGACUUGCAGAUGCUACUCUGCAUAAAAUUUGCAUGGUGUUGUUGGAUCCGAAUGUUUAAAGCAAAAGAGAGUGAAUGAGCAAUUGAACAGGCAGCCCUUGGAAGAGCAGGGCCUGUGCCAAAUGCCCAGUGGAUGUGCUGGUGGGUAGAGACAGACAGACACAGCAAUAACAGGGGCAGCAGAUUGACUCCAGCACCCACAGAGGGAAUUGGCACAGCAAACCAAACCACGUAGGAUAUUGUCAUCUUGACUGCAUGGUUGCCAGUUCCUUUAUAAUUGCUAUCUUGGGAAACUCACAUCAGCAGCRGGAAGCUGUCGCUGCGCACGGAUUCCAGGCAGGGGAAGCGCUUUCGUCGCCUUGGGCUCCAGAUGGGUCACUUUCAAGCACUCAUCAUCUCACCCCAGGAGGAGUUUGCUCUGAGAGCCUCGAAGSGGGCAGGCUGGCACAGUGAGAGGCACAUUUCCAGCCAGGAAUUCAGCAAGAGUGCUAGCACAAAUCUGGGCAUGAUGCCUCAGUCCUGCUCAUCCAGGCUUUACCCAUCCCAGUUGAUAAUUCUGAAUUAGGGUUUCUUUCUAAAAGAGAUUGUUUUGCUCUAUCUGCAGUGCCUGCCUGGCACAUCUGCUUCACACCAGUGAUUAUUUGCACGUUCCUUUAGCAAAUUCAGAAUGACAGCUCUUUCCCUUGAAACUCGUGCUCCAAUAUGUACAGCCGAGCACAUGGCUCGCGGGUUUCAGGUUGGGGGGGAUUUGCUGCUGUUUUAAAUGAUAAAAUAAAGCUGAGCUGUAACCUGAUGUGGCUCCCCUUCUGAUCAGAGCUGCUGGAGCUGCACUGAUUUGAGGGGAACCCCAAGCUGGUGAGCUGUGACCGAGGGGAACCUCACAGCAGACUUGUUCRCAGCCAGAGAGCUGGGAAAGUGGAACAACAUUGAAAACCAGCCUCUGCUGUGUGAUUCUGAUGACAAUCUKAAACCAUCCUGUUGCUUUGGUGGGAUUAUUCCACUUUUCACACUAACCCAGCUGGGAGUAGAAUGUUGCUCAUUGACUGAAGAGAGUUUGCGGUUGGUUAUUGUUUUGUGUGCAAUGGUCAAUUUGUUCUGAACUUUCAAAACCUCGGAAGAAAAUCCAUGAACUCCCAAGUCUUCUCCUAGAACGGGCUAUUUUAGCAGUGGCUAGACUGGAGGGCAAAGGCUUGCACUCUUUAAAAUAUUACUGAGAAAUCAGCUGGCUCAGAGAACACUGGUAGCAGCCAGAAAAAUGUAAUGAGAUUAGAAGUGUCUAAACAAGCACAUAUGGCUUGUUAAAAACAUUUCUUCAUGAGAUUGGAAUUAUUGUGAUAUUAUUCUUUUUCUUUUAAAAAUAAUUCAGACAAUUAUUUAUUUAUUUAUUUAUGUCAUUUGACUCGAUCCUUUCUGUCUGUCUUUCUAGUUUUGUUUUCACUCAGCACGUGGGUCUGGAUGGCUCAGUCAGUUUAGAAAAGUGUUAUUAUCAAAGCUCUGCAAAUUCGUUCCCAGUGAAAAGUCUUCGAUCAAUGGUCCUGGGGAUUUUUUACUUUCAGUAUGAUCCUGUUGAUCAACAGAAAGUACGUUUUUCCCAGUUGUCUUUUCCUAGGUUUUCACUUCAAUCAGUAGCUUUGCUUAGUCACAGUUGCAGUGAAUCUUUGAAUAAAAGACACUGAAUCAGAUGCAGACUCUUGCUCUCUGAUUAUUGUUUAGCUUCUGAAAGAAGGCUGUCCAAACAUGCAGCAGUUCUUGGACAGGUGAACCAGGGUCUGCCCUUGAUUUUCUUCUCAGAAUCUUCACUGUUUUUCUGAAUCUCAUAAUUCUGAAAUGCUCUUAUAUGUUUGUCUUUAUUAUUCAUAGAAGAGGGACAAAUCACAGUCUGUUGAUUUAAUUGACCUCAAAUUGCAUCUGUUUUUUUAAAAAUUGUGCUUAAAAAUGGUURGGCUUAUAUUAAAAGAAAAUGAGCUAUAAGUGCA